UUUUCUCCCCAUAAUCUGGACGGAAUAGGUAAGAAAACCAUGGAGUGGUUUAUGGGAAGUAUUCCGGAGGCUAUAGGGAAAUCCAGACAGAGCGGAUUACUAUUUAUUGUUUACAUUGAAGGUAAGUCUCACCCAACAUGAAUGAAUGAUGGUCAUAUUGAAGAAGUCGACUUAUUUUGGAUUACAGCAACCUUAUUUUAGCUUAAAUUGUAUUUUGUAUUUUUUUUCUCUUUUUUGAUGGUAAUUAUACUCAGUGAUUCACAAAGCAACUUACCUGAAUCAUUCAUAUCUGAUUAUAUAAAAAGUGAAAAUACUAUAAGUGAGCUUAUUAAUAAGUACAAUUUGUUGCAAUAGAGAGGACAAGUGUUACGUUACCAUGGGAGCAAAUUAAAGGGAGCUUAAGCAAAACUUGAACAGCCAAAAAGCAAUAGGUUUAGAUUAGCAAAACAACAACUUUGCACAUACAUGGCGCUUUAAUGUACAUUUCUUUGCUGUCGUUGCACAACUGUAACAUGAAACUUCCUAAUUUCACAUGCCCGCCCAACUAAGGUGGAUGUGGUCUUAAGCAACACAUAGCACAAGGAGCUCUGGAUUUUCCUGCAUGGAAAUCUUUGUCUGUAGGAACGGGUAUGUGUGCAAGGACCUGCACUAAUGUUGUGGUAAAAAUGUUCAGAGAUGCCAACCUCUGAGAUCUAAAACCUGGAGACCUUGACCUGUUUCUUUGGUAGUUAACAACAAACCCCCCACUUACAAAACAUACAAAACCCUUAACUCUUCCAAGAUUUCCAUGGUUUUUUCCUUAAGUCCUUGAAAACGCUCCAAAAUGGCUUUAAUUUCUUCCAUUUCCUGUUGACUUUUUAUUUCACUGCCAGCAAUGCAGGUGGCUAAUUUGUUCAGUUAUCUUGUUAUCGUCGCUUUCAACUUAUGUGUUCCAGGUUUCAAGUUUUUUGCUUUCAUUAAAGAGUCCCCAGCUGAAUUUCCUUAAUCUGGCAUCUUUACACUGAUUUUUCACUCAAAAUCCUGAUCCAAAGAUGACUUAAAAACAGUUUUUCCCUCUAAAAUUCCAGCUUCUAAACUGAUCAUUUCAUUGCAGGUGACAAUGAAGCAACGCAAAAAAUGAAUUCAGUAUGGUCUGAUCCUAAGGUGUGUAAAACAAAUCUCUUUUUUAACCACUUCUUCUUUGGUUCCAGCCUCCUACUCCCAGCAGGUAGCAUGUAUGCUACCCAAACCUCCUAGGUCCCACCAGUGGGGGGUGGUAGAAUACAAAUACAUCUGAUUUUUUUGUCCUGAAAAAUUUAAAUACCAACCUACUUAAUGGUUGAUUCGUAAUAUUUAAAUUCAUAUGCUUAUGCAGAGUCCUGUAUACCUGAAAUUUUGGCAACAAAUUACUGUAUACCAGGGCAAAAAUGCCGAAGAUACUGUAAUACCCAAAAAAUACAUUAAUAUCCAAACCCUCUGGCAUUUCAGAUGAUAAAAAAAGAAUUUCGUGAUAUAAUAAUUCUGUUAUGACAUUUGCGUGCUCACAAUCUUGGCAUGAAGAUUCCUGCUAACGGCAAUAGUUGAUGAACCAUACAUGAAAAAGUUGAAAGUGCCUGUGGCAGCUAAGAUAUUCUAAAAUCUUGUGUCAUGUUUUUUUUAAAAAAUUGUGACACAUGCAGAUUUGUAGUUGCUACACAAAUGAGCAUGACUGCUACAUUUAGCCUAGUGAAAACAGCCAAAUUUUCACUGGUUUCCCUGCAAAAUGACAUCUGUUGAAGGAAUGCAGAAUUUCCAUACUGAUGACAUAUCAUAGUUCUGGCUAGUGCUUCUGGUUAGUUGAAGCAAUUUUCAACCAAUUAGAAACACUACUCAGUUCUUGAUAUUAGCACAUCAUCAGUGUGGAAUUUCUGGGUUCAUUCCUCAGAUAUCACUUUGCAGGGAAAAUAGUGGCCUGGUGGCAUGGCGAAAAGUCAGCUGUUUUCUCAGGCUUUGUUACUGUGGGAAUGUUUAGUUUAGAGAAGGACAUGGUUUUUGAUGGACAUUUGGUAAGUUGUCACUCAUCACAUUAACAGAAACCUAGGGUCCCAGGGUUGUCACUAAGAUUUCAAGUUGCCGGGUAAAUACAACAAGUAGGCGGGGAAUCAAACGGCUAGGGAUUUCUUUUGGUUCUAUUUUUCCUCUAUUUUCCAAUAAAAGUAGCCGAGGGCCACUCUAUUAGUAGCCGGGGAAAAUCCCCGGCCCCCGGCUCUUAAUGACAACCCUGCUAGGGUCCUUUAUAAUAUUGGGUGCUUUCAUUUCGGACAUAGAAUACUUGAAAUAAUGAGGAUGUGUUCAAGUUGAGUGAGUGAGUGAUUGUGUUGGUGGGUGAGUUAGUAGGUGGGUGGGUGAGUGAGGAAGUGAUUGGAUGGGUGAGUGAGUGAGUGACACAUUUGUAUAUUUUAGUGUCUAUUAAGAACAUAGUGGAUAUGCUAUGAGUAUCCAUGCGUUAAUAAUGGCGCAAUUAUUCCUGUCCACUUCCUUUACAUGUGUCACAAUGCUUUGAGGAAUGAUGCAUACUGCAUUUCCUCAAGUAAUAGCCGUCCCUCAAUUAAUCGUCUCCCUCAAAUGAUCGCCCCCCUUUGAUGGAAAUAUUUAAAAUAAUCGCCUCCCUCGAAUAAUCGCCUCCACCCCACUCCUGUCACCAGUUUUCUCUUUCUUUUAUUCCCUCCCUGUGAAGUUAAAGUGGAAUGAGAUCCGGCAAAACUGAUCAGUGACUAUUCAAGCUCUGAAAACUAAUCAAGGAACCAAAAUUGGAACACUUAAGAAACACUUAAGAAAUGUUCAGUUUAUUUGAUGUGAUAAUUUUUUGAUUCAAUGGGAUAAUAAAACACAAUAUUUAGGGCACGGCUGCCAGUGAGCAAUCUUUGAAAUAAUUGCCUACCUUGAAUAAUCGCCUUGCCUCAAAUUAUCGCCCCCUUUUGAUGCGAAAAAAUUAAUAAUCGCCCCCGGCUAUUAUUCGAGGAAAUAUAGUAAAAGAAUAGGAACUUUUUCAUAGAGAUAAGUGGCUAGGUAUUCUGAAGUUAAACCCAAUAACAUACUUUACCAACAAAAAAUUAGCUUCUUUGAGCUGCUUACAGUGGAUGUAACAGGCUGUUAUGUUUUCUUUAAUUAUUUAGGUUGCUGGGACAUUAUCCAAAGAUAAAUGUGUAGCUAUUAAACUGGAUCAUAAAAGGUGAGAAGAAACAAUAUAAAUUCUUCACCGGCAAGAAGAGCUAAAUUUAGUUUUCAACCUUUUAAGUAACAACCACCAAGUAAUAUAUACAUGUCUCCUGUAUUUAAAGCGAUUUAAUAACACUGGACUGCAAACAUGGCUUCUACCACACAUUUGUCAUGUAUUAUUUUAUUACUAUUAGAACUAUACUAUUCAAAUUUUCAUUUUGUUUAUUUUGUUGCUUCUUUUAAUCCAAUUUAGUGAGGACUGCAAUCAGUUUUCUAAGCUCUGUAUCCUUUUACAUUUACACUUCUCAGUAGAAUGUGAACUGCUGAAUGUAUGUAAAUAAAUACAUUUUCUCCCUGGUUCUACAUGUGAUUUGCAGGUGCAAAUGUGUUUACAGACCUUAUGUCACAUCUGAAUUCCUGCAAAGCAAAUCCUCUACCUUUUAUGGCAUGUAACAUAAGUUACAGGACACAGCAUUCUGCUCAGAUUAAUGAUUACUGUUAUUGUUGCUCAUCUCUAUUUUCCAGAAGCCACAACCCAAACUUUACAAUAGUUUAAACAGCUGAUAUUGUCUACCACAACAAGACAAACUCUCGCCUAAAAUGAAAAACUUGUUGAGUUUUCACCUGUCACUUUUUAGCUGUCUCUAUAAUAUAGACACUUUGGUUAUAUACAAAUCCUUAACAGCGUUAAAAGACCCCAUUGUAUGUAUCCCUGUCACAUACUUUAUUGGUGAAAAUGGUUUACCUUUAGAAGUUAUCGGUGGAGACCUCCCAGUUGAUGACUUUGUUUCCAGAGCUAACAAGGCAUUAGAGGUACUACAUGUAACAGUACAUAGCAAUACAAACACAGUUCAAAACAGCCUUGCAUGUUUGCAAAUUAUACAGUAAAGUCAGGCUUGGCAGUGUGAUUGUCAAACUUUAAAAUAAUACUGCUUGUUUCUGUCAUAAAUUCAUGGCUGCUGCUUCCUCUGUUAGCAAGAGAAAUUAUGUUUUCAUUUUUAUCAUAUUUGUGUGUGGUUAUUAUAUAGUGAUUUUUAUAUUACUUUUUAUAAAGAAAAAUUAGUAUUGCAUUAUAAGUUAUGAGCUUUCAAGAAAGCUAUAACUUUGACGUAUAUAACAUUCUCUAUUGAAUGCCAUUUUAGACUCACCAAAAGUCAAGACCAAUUAAUAAUAGCACAAUAACACCCACAUCCACCAAUAGCGUACUUCAAUCAAGUCCAGAAGUUUCUAGUUCAAACCAACAUUUUGAGGACCAAGAACAGCCCACAAGACAAGAGACAUCAAGUGAAGUACCAGCUGUUCCAGGACCAUCACAGGUGAAUAUUAAUGCUAUUUUUUCUGUCUUAUUGCAAUUGCUGUUGGAAUUGUAACUUUUUAAGUACUUUGUUUUGUUUAGUGGGUAGCUACAAAUGACAUUGACCUAUGGUAGGGUGGGCUCCUUAUAAAGCUUAUCUGAAGACUCAUUCACUUUUGUUUGCUAACCCUAAACCCUAAUGACUAAACUUUAAUGUAAACUUAUGCUACGUUGUGUGGAUGUCAUAAGAUGUCUGACCUCCUUGAGGUUGAUGUAACUAUUUCUUCCCUUUUUUAUUAAAACUGUCCUUAAUAAAAAUGAAACUUUACACAACACUCUUGGCUAAUCACUUUUAUUGGGUUUUUCUUUCAAGUCUUACAGGAAAUUUGGUUGAGGUUUUCUUGAUUUGUUUGGAGUUCUAUGCAGAUGUUUUAGAAAUAACGGUGUGUUUUUUUCCCAGGAACCCACUAACAGCAGCAACCAGGAGAAGUCCUUAAAUGAAAGAGUUCAAAGGUUGGAUAUUUAACAGCUAGACAUUACAUUAUACAUGCAGGCGCAGAUCCAUGUCUGUUUCCACCAUUUUAAGAGAAUCAAUCAGAUUUUUCAUAAAAAAAAUUUUUAAUGAAAAAACUUUCGCAAGUUAAAAUCCAGCCAAUAUCCUGUCUGAAUGACUCAGAAACCCAGGAAAGGUUACUUUAGGGAGUUAAAAUCCAAAAAUUUCAUGGAGGUGCAUGCCCCCAGACCCCUCUAGAAGCUUCUGCCCUAGGCACUCGUCUAGGAGAUCAGUUGGUAUUAAUUUUGUCCUAGAUUCACGUCUGAUGUGUUUACAGUAUGUAGAACAACUGUGUGAACAAUAGCUCUAAGAUCCUUUCUAAGACCCUCCACUCCUCUGGAAAUUCAACUUGCUCCUUCCCCUGGAAUCCAAUCUCUUCUGUGUAGAAAGGGGGCGGGUAUGGAUAUUUUCAGGAACUUCACAAAAUGUUUAAUAUCUUAACAAGCUAUUAAUGUGAUUUUUUAAAUUUCAAUGUGACUAAAUUAUAUCUUGUGAGCAGAAGCUGCUUUUUUAUGAUAUAUACCGUAUUCUGGAAUUCAUGCAGUAGCCUCUGCCGACAACCAUACCAUGUUUUAUUGUGUAGAAGCAAGUUUCUUGAGGGUACUAUGGUGCUUUUUCAUCAAGCGAGCAUUAAGUCCGAAAUAAACGCAAUCCUGUGUUGUUGAUUUUCUCUUUUCUGUUUACCUGUUUAGAGCAAAAGAUCUUAUUGAAAGAAGAAGACAGGAAAAAGAAGAGCAAGAAAAUCAAGUAAGUUUAGAGGCUACCAGAUCCACAAAAUUAGCUUGGAAAGUGCCCUUGUGGUUUAUUAAAUAAGUGAGAAGAAAGGUAUGCUACAUGUCAACAUCCAAAUUGCUCCCUUUGCAUUGUUAUCCACACUAUUAUUAACUAAUAGCGUUAGUUAGUUUCUUAUUUUUUCUUAGGACGUGUACACUUGCUGGAGUUUUGACCUAAGUGUGGAAAGACAAAUGACCAAGUCAAAUAUGAAUGGUAUUAUCCCUACACAUGGCCAAAUGACAAACUGCCCUCUAUAAAACGCUCCUUUUCCCGGGCCAAAUGGCAAAGUGCGGGCUGUAAAUGGAAUUUGCAGCCCCCAACGUGAUUUCAUGUUAAACAAUCUUUCCUUAUGAAAUAAUUUGUGCAAUUUGGCCUUGUGUAUUGAUGAUAAUGAUAAUCACGUGACUUUUGUCGGGCACAUAGUUUAUUUGUGUCCCUCGUAGCAUCAUUUGCACCCUCACUCUGCUCGGGCGCAAGUGAGCUCUCUGGCCACAAAUAAACUACUGUAUAUGCCCCCCAAAAGUCAUGUGAUUGUCUUAUAACAGUUGAGCUUCCAUCAAGCGACCAUCCCCUAUUAAGAGACCAGUAACUAAAGUCCCUUAAUAAUGGCAGAAAAGACUAGCGUAGUCAAUUAAACCUCUAUCAACAAGAGUUCUCCUAUUCUUGUCACCUCUAUUAAGCAGCCAUCAAGCUCUUGGUACACUUAAUUUGGCUCUAUUUUAAAUGUAUGUUGGAAAAUACAGACUGAGAUGGGUGACGACUGAUUAUGGACCAGUAAAGCUGCCCCCAAAAAUUGCGUUGGUUUGUUUCAAACUCAGGUGAUGUUACUGCUAACGAUCAUGCUAAUUUAUGGCAAACCUCUGUUGAAGGACCACUUGCUGUCACCUCAAGCAGAGCUUAAUUUUUUGAAUAACUAACCUUUGCAUUAGUGGGCAUAACUUUUACUAACCAAAUUAUAAAGUUUAUUAGCCAAGAAUUUGUUCUUGAAAUAACAAGACUUUCACUAUUGAAAGUAGUGCUAAGAAAUGGGACAGACUAUUGUGUGGAUGGAUUGGUUCAAAUUACAUGAUGAUCUGCAAAACAAAAUAUCUAGAAGAUUUAAUACUCAUUUACAUUUUCCUUUCAAUUAUGUUACGCAAGGGCAGGGAAUUCACCAUAAACACUGCAAAUCGUUGUUUGUUUAGACUCAUCGAACUGCGGCCAGGUGAAUGCCUUUUUCAAGUCUUUGUGGAAAGUUCUUUCUUUGGCUUCUUAACGGAGGUUCAACUGUACUUAUUAAACAAAACUCCCUGUAGUUUGGGAUAUAUUGUAAGUGAACAUUUUUUAAUAUCUUAUUUACCAGCUAAGGAAAUUCUUAUUUCAGGAGGCUAAAAAGAAGGAAAGUGACCGACGAAAUCUUGGACAAGAGUUGGCAAAAGCCAAGCGUGAACGUGAGGAGAGGCAAGCCCAAGAUAUUGUUAAUCAAAUUAAGGAGGACAGAGCUAAGGAGCGUGCACAUAGGGAAGCUGUGCGACAACAGAUUGCUCGAGACAGAGCUGAGAGGGAGGCAAGGAGGCAGAAUGAGCUGCAAGAAAGACAGCGCUUAACUCAAGCUGCUGCUACUGCUUCAGGUCCUUCACCUGUCUCCUCAGGAGGCAGUGACAGGUAAAACAACGCUGAUUGGCUUAUACGAAAAUCAUGUUUAGGAACUGAGCGGUUAAGAAUUAAAUGGAAGGAGAUCCUUGCAGUUAUAGACGCAACUUUUGCAGUUGCGAAAAGAAAGCCUGAAACAAAUUCAAAACUCGGACGGGAUUCGAACCCUUGACUUCUGCGAUAGUAUACUAGUGCAGCGCUCUACCAGUUGAGCUAACCAGCCAACUGGGAACAGGUUAGUUAAUAUGCCAACUGAUUGGCUAGUUAAUCCAGUGCAUCGAGGCUUCUCUUAUUGACUGAUGACAGACUGUUUUUACAUUUACUUACUCAUGUGGCCUUGUUUUAUCACAGAGAAACAGUGAAGUUUAUGAUGCAUUUACUAGAUAAACCAUGAAUGCUCAUUUAUUUUCGUUCAAAGUAACUUUUUUUCUGUUUCAUGAUAUUUAUAAUAAUAUUAUACAUGGCUGAAAGAUGUCCUCCAAAAGUGGAAAAAAUGUGUUUAACUUUUCCAAAUAAUUCGCGAUAAAGUUAUGAAUAAAAAUGGGCUUUGAGUUGCCGAUUGAUUGAUUUAAUGACCGAUAAACUGGUUGGUUAGUUUAGAUUAUCACGGACUUAUUGCUGUAUCUGUUGCAGCACUUCUGCUCGCCUCCAAUUUCGUCUUCCAGACGGCAGCUCCGUUACAAACACCUUCCCAGCUGAUACUCCCCUGCAGACAGUGCAGCAGUUUAUUAUCAAUGUAAGUUGUUUUGCGUUGCUACUUUAACCUGAUGCCCUAAAGUUCGCAUUUUUCAUGUUUUAAUUCUUUAAUGCAGUGGUACCCACUCUACGGAUACCCGGCGCUUAAUACGGACACUCGUAUUUAACGGACAGUUCCGUUAAAAGCUCAUAUCUGUUUUCAAAAAUAACCUGCUUCAUACGGACAACGGACAUUUUACUGUGUCCCGAGUAACAAACUCCCUUAAAUCGUCAACCCCGUUAUACGGGCACUCUCUAUCUGUGCACUCUUUAUGACUGAAUAUCUUACCUGUGAAAAGCUACCAGAAACUCCGUGAAUGAACUUUCAAAGGUUCUCUCUAAAAUUUAGUCAAACUAGUUGAGUCGCAUACUAAAAGCAUCAGUAAAAAGUCACACAUUCCGUUGUAGUAUCAAAACUAAAAACUGGAUGUGAUUUUAGUCCGCGACUAUGAUGAGUGAUCGUGAAGUUUCUUUCGGAAGAACUUGUCACAAUUUCAGUUAAGAAAUUAAACAACAUUGUCUUGUAAAAAUGCCUGGUUUGGGGACUGUUUACAUGGAGGUGGGGGACCCCAGAUAGGUGAGCUAACAUGCGGCGGGUCACCCCACCUAUCAUGUACACGUGAUCAAGUAAAAUGAGAGAUUAUAUGGACAGGCGGGUUACCCCACCUAAGCAGGUUACCUCAUCUACCUGAAGUCCACCACUGCCAUGCAUACAGGGCCUUAGUCUUUAUAUAUAUAAAACAUGUAUCCUUGACCUUUUUUGUGAGAGCCCACUUAAUACACACACCCGGAUAGUACGGUGGGAACAGGGGCCCAUGAGUACUUAUGGGCUCCUUGAUGUCCGUAGUAGCUGGAGGGUUCCACUGUAUCUUAAGGUUGUAUUUAUUUACGAUUAACAAAGAUAUAUGGGACUGUUUGAAUGUAGCACCUCGGACCCAGUACAAGUUCCGUGACGCUGUACACAACCUACCCCAGACGAGAACUGACUGAAGGGGAUCUAGUCAAGACUUUAGCCGAGUUAGGCUUGGUACCAAGUUCAACUCUUGUCGUUGCCAUGGUGAGUUUAGACCAUAGUUAAAGGUUACUUAGUGAUUGUAGCCAAAUGCAUGCAUUUUAUACCAACUUGUUAUAGAAUUAACUGAAAUAUAUAAAGAGCUACUUCUAUAAAGGGUGAAAACUGUUUGUUGCUUUUAGAACAAAAACUAUAAUUCAAAUACCUCUUAGCCGAGUUUGCGGUGCGAGUUGUAUGGCAUUCUUGAUGUGGACCGAAAAAGCGAGGCAAAUUAUUUUACUACCUUAUAAACUUUAUUUCUUUUUAGAAAGUACAAAAAAAAGCGCAUAGCAAAGGUUUCCAAGUUGUAAACUACAUUUUGAUGGCGUUUUUUGUCGCGUCGGACGCAUUUGUAGGGGCCGAACUGUAGAUAAGGGAAAGAUCUCUAAGAUCUACUGAUUGAGUUUACACGUUUUUCUUUUAUUAAGUUAGUGACCAGUAAUAUGGCCAAUCGCAGAACGAGGGAUAGCUUCACCAUGUAAUUAUUUUAAUUAUACUACGAAUGCGUCUGGCACAUAAAGGUAGUUAAUUGUAACUCGUAUUGUAUCACAGUGAUUGAUUUUUUGGGGAAAAUCCACAAUAGUGAGCGGCAAAUAAGGAAGGUCCUGACCUCCUUUUAUUUUAUCUUACAGAAAAGCUGCACGGCCAUAACACCAUCAGGAAGUUCCUCAUUCUCGGAACUUUUGAUUUGGAUCCUUUCGCCUCUGUUUACUCUGAUCACUUUGUUGAAGGCCUUUUUCUUGGGAAGUCCAGAUCAUUCCAGGGGAGCGUACAAUCCAACGUCAUCGGGCCGUCAAAAUACCACUCAACAAUCACAGCAGUCCAGGUAAGAUCGAGUACUGUUUGUUCUAGGCUAAGAGUAGUAACUUAAUUUUCUCAGAAAGGCCUCGUUCACACGGCGCCGGACGAAUUUUCGACCCGUUUGAAAGUUCGUGCGCGUAGGUGUUCGGUUUUCACGGAACCUCCUUAACCGUACGAAAAUUUAGACUCCUAGCUGUUAAAAAAUCCGUCGCGGUCGAAAAUUUGACCUGCGCGGUAAGAACACCAUAACCGUCUAAAGUUUUGUACGGCAAAGGCACGGUUGCGUGGAUGCGUGGUUACUCAGCUGGGAGACGCCAUUUUGAAAUCACUUAAGUAGCGCUCUGUGUAUGGACACGUGGUAAAAACUCUGGCAAAAGUUAAAAUUCAGCCUGGUUCGUCAGUUGCGUGUGAACGAAUUGCCGUUCAAUUUCUCAAGCGGUCGUAAAUUCAAACGGUGCCGAAUGAACGUAGCCUAAGUGAUAGUAGAGCGAGCGAAAGACACGCGCACGCGUGAUAACCCACCCUCGAGGACAGUUUCUUUCUUCCUUCUUCGUCUCGCCUCUCCUAGGGGGUGAAGGUUUUCACGAGCUCUCGCGUAUUUUACUCGCUUUACUGUCCCUGAGGAAAAAUUAGGGACUAGUCCCAGCUUAGUUUGGGGAGUUACUAUGACAUUCGACAUGUUUUGGGUUACAGUUGUUUCUCAGCAUUAAGAUGGUAGGGUGUUGCACCAUUCGUUAGUCUAAUCACCGAUAGAAAGGAUUCGCUUUCUAAGCACGAUACUUUGUAACAAAUGGAUAGGAAACUCACAAACAAAUAAAGUGAGCUUGAAAGACUUCGCAGGGAGUUGUUGGGCAGCAAUCAAGCGCAGAUUUCGGCAGAACUGUUCCGGGUGGGAACAAAAAACCGGGAAACACAUUUCCAUGUUAUAUAAAUUAUGAGCGAACUUGAAGCUUCACUCCCUCCUAUGGAUCGAACCUUUUAGACUAAUAUAAAUCUUUUCUCCUUUUUGUUUUGCUUCGCAGUUUUGACAACGGUUCUACCGUUCGUCGGAGAGGUCCGGGGGGAGGUGCGACAGUGCGUGAGCAGGGUGGUGUCCACCGUCUUUACAACAGAGAUGAUGAUGACGAUGAGAGCAACACGUGGAAUGGCAACUCUACUCAGCAGAUGUGAUUUACAAUUCAAUUAAUCUGACAAUAUAUGAAAUAGGAUAAUUAUUUAUCAAGCUUUCCAUUGCAACUAUACAGAUGAGCAGUACAGAUUAUAAAUAGUCAAUUAGAAAAAAAACUAAACGGGCAGAGUAAUUUAUAGUCACUUGAAAAAAACAAUGGUUUCACUAACUGGCCGUGUUUGAAAAAACGACUCAGUCCCAGCUUAUAUUCUGAACCGGACAAUAGCGAAACGUUAUUCGCCAUCUCAAGCACUGAUCAUCACGAGGGAGCUAGCCUGAGAAAACAACCGACAUUUGGUGGGGGGAAACCAGUGGUAGAGUUUCCAAAUGUCGGGUGUUUUCUCGGGCUACUAGGGAGCUUAAGCAGCGACGACUAUGAGGCCAGUGAAAACGUUGAUAAAAAAAUUGAAUUUGCGUCCUUGCAAACGUUAUCGCUUCUAUUUGGAUCCUUUUAAUUUGUCAAAUGUAGGCAAUUUCUCCUGGAGUUGAAUUCCACGUGCAGGUACAAUUAAACAGGGAUCGGUCUACUCAAGGAGCUCGCGUCCCUUCGUGGAAGAUAUUUUUUGCGAUCUCCUUGACUAGUCGAGAGAUGAUCGCGAUUAAAAAAUCCUCGUUUGUCAAGCAGUGUUUUAACUAUUGCGAAGUCACGUUUAUGUAGGUAGUACGUUGUUAAGUAAUUGAAAUAGUUUUCUUUCUGGUAAAAAAUAAUGACCUAUAAAUGAAAUGACACGACUGCUACCUUGGGCUCAACAAAUGUCAUACAUACCAUGUCGUUCUUGUUUUUCCUGUGCAGUGAAGUUUAUAUUACAGUUACAGUAGAACUCGAGCAUAUUUUUGUCAGAUUUAAUCUGACGUAGAAGUAGAACUCAACCCGGGAUGAAACAGGUUCUUAAACUGCAAAUUAUAAGUUAAAAUUCAAAAUUAAAAUUUCCGACAGAAAUUUUAAAAACCGACAGAAGCCAGAGGCUGACGUUCACAAGGAAACAGGUGAACUAACCGUACGAAUAUUUAGACGCCUAGCCGUUCAAACAUUUGAAUGCCAAAAUCGAGGUUAAAUUUUCAGCCGUUACGGUUGAAAAUUUGCAAUUGAUCGGCGCGGUAUGAACACCAUGAUCGUCCUAAUUAGGCAUGGUCGCCUGGCGUUUUAGAAUUUGCUUAUGUAGCGCUCUCCGCAUGAGCAGAUGGUUAAACCACUGAAGUUGAAAAUUCAACGUGAUUCGUCAUUUCCGUGUGAACGGAGAGACGAUAUUGAACGGCCCGGUGUGAACAAAAUGCCCGGUCAUAUUUUUCAGCCGGUCUACAAUUCGCCUGAUGCCAUGUGAACGUAGACUAAGGAAACACUACCUUCUCGAACCGCCACUCAUGGUUCCCCGCCGCCGUUUCGCGGGAUUCAGUUGUAGUGGAAGGAAAGGUCGUCCUUUUUUCUUUUCGCCCUGGCACAAUAGGGCCAUUUAUACGAGGAAAAAUAAGACGCGUCUUAAAUAAGACGCGAACUUUCCGUAUAAACGGCACAUUUCGUCUAAAAUAAGACGCGGCUUAGCUAAGACGCGUCUUACUAGAUAAGACAUGCUCGUAUAAAUGGUACAGUUCGCGUCUUAUUUAAGACGGGUCUUAUGUAAGACGCGUCUUAUUUUUCCUCGUAUAAAUGGCCCUAAUGUGU